AUGACGAAUGCGACUGCUGAAGAGUUCAAAACACAGGGCAAUGAGUUGUAUAAGCGCGGGGACUACCGACGUGCCAUCGACAAGUAUACGCAAGCCAUUGAUGCUGCCCCGACUAUUGUGGCUUAUUAUGGGAACCGUGCCGCCGCUUCCUUUAUGUUAGGCAAGCACAAGGAUGUUGUGACGGACUGCAAUCGUGCCAUUGUGUUUGAUCCGCUCUAUAUGAAGGGCUACGUACGGAAAGCCAAGGCACAGCUAGCAAUGGGGGAUAAUGAAGCAGCUAUGAAGACGUAUCAGACGGGUCUAAUACGUGAUCCAAACAACACGACGCUAUUGAAUGAAAAGCGCGCGUUAGAAACGGCACUUGAUAAAGUGCAUCGUGGUAAGGAAUACCUUGCAGCCGGCAAGUUUUCACAAGCCGUGACGGUGUUUGACCACGCGGCGCAGGUGUGUACGGGCUCCAAUCAAAUUAAACUGCUGCGUGGAGAAGCGCUGAUUGGCUGUGAACGCUACGACGAAGCUUUUGCAGUACUAACGCAGCUCAUGCGCACGGAUUCAAGCAGCCCGGAACUGCUGUUUCUACGUGCACGCUGUCUUUACUAUCAGGGUGAGUUUUCCAGUGCAAUUAAGCAUUUACAGCAGGCAUUGCGCUCGGAUCCAGACAAUAGCAAGUGUAUGAAGGAGAUCAAGCGGAUCCGCAGUCUGGAGACCAGUAAAGAGGAGGCUAAUGAUGCUUUUAAGACUGGCAAAAUGGCUGAUGCCGUGGAGAUGUACACAAAGUGUCUGAUGAUUGACCCACAAAACAAGGCCUUUAACUCGAAGAUCCACUGCAACCGAGCCAAUGCACUGUCGCGUCUGAACAGGCAUGAAGAGGCUAUUAAGGACUGUGACAAGGCUAUCUACUAUGAUCACGGAUAUGCUAAAGCAUACCUCCGCAAGGCUGCUUGUCUGAAGGCCCUUGGUGGUCUAGAAAACCUGGAACAGGCGCUGCGUGUGUACGACCAAGCUUCGAAACUGGUAGGUGAUGAUGCUCAGCGUGAUAUCCAAAGCAACAUUCGCCAGACCAAACUAGACAUCAAAAAAGCAAAGCGCAAGGAUUACUACAAGAUAUUGAACGUCGCGCAGAACGCCUCAGAGGCCGAGAUUAAAAAGUCGUACAAGAGGAUGGCUUUGAAGUUUCACCCGGAUCGUCAUGCAGGCAAGUCGGAAGAACAGAAGGCAGAGGCCGAAGCUGCCUUCAAGGACGUUGGCGAGGCGUACGCGGUGCUGUCGGAUACACAAAAAAGGCAGCGCUAUGAUUCAGGAGUGGAUCUUGAAGACCUCGACAGUGACUUUGGCGGAGGUGGAAUGGGCGGCGGCAUGGGUGGUGUUGACCCCUCGCAGAUUUUUCAGAUGUUCUUUGGCGGCGGUGGCGGUGGUAUGGGAGGUAUGGGAGGCAUGGGAGGUGGCAUGGGCGGCGGCGGCAUGGGGGGCCAGCGAUACCACUUUGGCUAG